CAGGGGGCUGGACUAAAGGACUUCUUGAGGUCCCUUCCAGUCCCACAUUUCUAAGAUUCUCUUGACAAGGUUUGUGCUGUUUGGUUUCCCAGAGAACUUGCUGUUCUGUUUGUACCAGUAAUUCAGUGACUGUUACAUUAAGGGAUUCUGCCGCAUCUGGAAUUUAGCUUUUAAGGCUACAAGGGUGUGUGGCUGCGUCUUGGCAAUGGUUUGGAAAGGAGCUAAGAGAGCAGUGGGCAUACAUGGUCUGUUUGAUCUCAUGGAAGCUUAGUGGGGGAUUGGGGGUCUGUACAGGGACUGUUGGUUUGUAACAUGUUUACCAGCGAGUUGAGGAAAGGGGUGAGCUGGCGAAACUAGCAGAUAAUGCAGAAUGUCAUUGGCUAACAUGAUGGCAAGUGAAAUUCACGGUGAUGUUUGUUGGAAGGAACAAUUUGAACUACCCCCGCGCUAUGAAAUCCAUCACGUGCUCACCUUGAGUACUGUGCUCGUUCUUGGCCACCACGUUUGAAAGGGGAUAGAAGAAAUGAAAGGAUGCAGCAACGAUUAGAAGUCUGGAAAGAGAGAAUAAAAGGUUGGAACUGUUUAGUCUAGAGUGGAGACAAAUCAGCGGAACGUGAUGUACACAAACUAAUGAAUGGUACAGAGAAGGGGUGAGAGCGGGAAGCUGGACCAUCUUGGAGAUCGUGGAAGCCCUGGGGUGAGAGGAACCCCAUACACCUUCUCUCUCUUCCUCCUCCGGCUCAGGUCCUGCCUUGAGAACACAGAACCUCGCAUGCGUGGGCGAGGCCUCCAGCUGCUGUCCCAGGUCCUGCUCCACUGUCACUCCUUGCUCCAAGAGGAAGAAGUGACGCACCUGGUCCUGUUCUGUGAGAACCGGCUAAAGGAUCAUCACCUUGUGAUCCCCGCUGUGCUGCAGGGACUCCACGCGCUGAGCAUGUGCGAGGUGCUGGCCCCAGGCCUGGCUGUGUCCGUGCUCAAAGCCAUCUUCCAGGAGGUGCAUGUUCAGUCCCUGCCACAGCUGGAUCGCCACACGGUCUACAGCAUCAUCACCAACUUCAUGCGCACCAGAGAGGAAGAGCUGAAGGGCCUGGGCGCCGACUUCACUUUCGGCUUCAUCCAGGUGAUGGACGGGGAGAAGGACCCUCGCAAUCUGCUGGUUGCCUUCCAGAUCGUCCGUGACCUCAUCCUCAAGGACUAUGUGCUGGGUCCCUUCGUGGAGGAACUCUUUGAAGUGACGUCCUGCUACUUCCCCAUUGAUUUUACUCCUCCCCCCAACGACCCUCAUUGCAUUCAGAGAGAGGACCUGAUUGUGAGCCUCCGGGCCGUGCUGGCCUCCACACCCCAGUUUGCCGAGUUCCUGCUGCCGCUGCUAAUCGAGAAGAUGGACUCGGAGAUGCAGAGCGCCAAGCUGGACUCCCUGCAGACCCUGGGCGCCUGCUGCACCAUCUACGGGCAGAAGGAGCUGCAGGAAUUUCUCCCCAGCCUCUGGUCAUCCCUGCGCAGGGAGGUGUUCCAGACGGCCAGCGAGAAGGUCGAGGCGGAGGCUCUGGCUGCGCUGCACAGCCUGGCUGCCUGUCUGUCCCGCUCCGUGCUCAGCUCGGACACUGAGGACCUGCUAGACUCCUUCCUGAGCGACAUCCUGCAAGACUGCAGACACCAUCUGUGCGAGCCUGAUAUGAAGCUGGUGUGGCCGAGCGCCAAGCUCCUGCAGGCAGCGGCGGGCGCCUCCUUCCGAGCCGGCCACCGGAUCACCAGCAGCGUCGUGCCCCUGCUGCUGGAGCAGUACCACCAACACCCGCAGAACAGCCAGCGGAGGACAAUCCUGGAGAUGCUUCUGGGCUUCUUGGAGCUGCAGCAGAAGUGGGGGCAUGAGGAUGAAGAGGAGAGCGCCCUGCUGUGUUCCCGAGCCCCGCUCUGCUCCGUGCUGUUCUCGGCGCUGACGGACCCCAGCGUGCAGCUGCAGUUGGUGGGGAUCCAAGCCCUGACCGUCCUGGGCACGCUGCCAGGGCUCCUGGCUCCCCCCGACGUGCAGCUGGUCGUGGAUCACCUGACCCGGCUCAUCUUGCAUGCGGACGAUUCCCAGAGCUGCAUGGCUGCAAUGGAGGCCGCAGGAUCUCUGGCCCCCAUCUACCCAGGGGCCUUCACGGGGCGCAUGGCGCAGAGGCUCGCAGAGGAGUUGCAGUCAGAGCGGGAGGAGGAGGGCAGGCAAUCCCCGCACUCCCUGCGAGCCCGCUGCCUGCAGGCACUGGCAGCAGUGUCCACACACCCCAGGAUAGUGCGAGAGACGGUUCCUGUCCUGCUGCAGUGUCUGCAGCAGGUGCCGAAAGGGAACGUGCCAGUGGGGGCCUGCAACCUGGUGGCCGUGUGCCAGAGCCUGCAGCGGGUGGCGGUGCAGUGCCAGCGGGAUGCCGAGAGCUGCUGGUACUACCACCAGACUGUGGUGCCCUGCCUGCUCGCUCUGGCGGUGCAGGCCGCCAUGCAAGAGAAUGCCCAUUCGCCACUGGGGAAGCUGCUGCUGGAGGAGGAUGUCUUGACUGCCAUGGUGCCCGUCAUCAGCGCGGCCAGCGCCCACCUGUGCCCUGAGCUGGCUGCCCAGAGCGUCUCGCAGGUGGUGCCCCUCUUCCUGGACGGGGAGGUCUCCUUCCUGCCUCAGGACAGCUUUCCUUGCCCCUUCCAGCCCUUCCAGGGCGGGCAGCACAUGGCAGCACAGAGACGCCUCGUCGCCCUGCUCAUGGCCUUCGUCUGCUCCUUGCCCAGGAACGUGCCGAUUCCCCAGCAGGACAGGCUGCUGCAGGAGCUGCUGGCUCUGAGCUGCUCCUGCCACUGCCCCUUCACGGCCACCGCGGCUGCUAAGUGCUUUGCGGGGCUGGUGAACAAGUCCCCGGCAGGGCAGCAGCUGGACCAGCUCUUGGAGACAGCAGUGAACAGGAUGGAGGCCGGCCUUGCCGAGGGCCCGCUCAGAACCCAGGCCCUCGCCCUGCUCCUCUGGGUGACCAAAGCCCUGGUGCUGCGCUACCAUCCGCUGAGCUCCCGCCUGACAGACAAGUUGCUGGGCCUCCUGGGCGACGCUGAGCUGGGCCCCGCGGUGGCCGACGGCUUCUCCCUGCUCAUGGCCGACUCCCCGGACGUGCUGCACAAGGGGUGUCACGCCGACGUGCGCAUCAUGUUCCGGCAGCGCUUCUUCACCGACAACGUGCCCAAGCUGGUCCAGGGCUUCCAUGCCGCCGGCCCCGGCGUGAAGGCGAAUUACCUGAAGGGCCUGUCCCACGUGCUGAACCACCUGCCCAGGCCGGUGCUGGUGACGGAGCUGCCCACGCUGCUGUCUCUGCUGCUCGAGGCCUUAUCCUGCCCGGACCGCGUGGUGCAGCUCUCCACCCUCAGCUGCCUGCAGCCCCUGCUGCUGGAGGCGCCGCAUGUCAUGAGCCUGCACGUCGACACCUUGGUCACCAAGUUCCUGGGCCUGACCUCUAGCCCCGCCAUGGUGCGUGCCCUGCCCCUCUCCCUUCCCCGCCCCGCUGCCGCCCACGCUCACCCCGGCUCGCUCUCUCUUCCAGGCCAUCCGCAUCGCUGCGCUGCAGUGUGUCCAUGCGCUCACCAGCCUGCCCAUCCCCGUGCUGCUCCCGUACAAGCCGCGUGUGAUCCGGGCCCUGGCCAGACCCUUGGACGACCUGAAGCGGCUGGUGCGGAAGGAGGCGGUGGUGGCCCGUGGGGAAUGGUUCCUGCUGGGGAGCCCAGGCAGGUGAGGCCCUGCCUGCACGAGCUCCUGCACUGACUGACAAUCGAACCAGGACCCACUCACCAGCCAAGCCCUUCAGCCGCUGCCCUGGACCAAGCCUCCCAGAGUGGGGAGGGAAGGGUGGCCGGAGGCCAGCCUGCUCCAAGCACAACGGCGGAGCUGCGGGGCGGCCCUGCUCCUGCUGGCUGCAGUGCUGGAGGGAAGGCAGGCGCCUGGCCCCGGCCGUGCACGGAAUCCAUGGGCCAGCCGAAUAAACACACGUUUUGCUAA